GGUGGAGAUGGAGGUACUAGUAUUUAGGGUGGAGGUAGUGGUGAUAGCAGUGGCAUUUUUAGACAGUGAUGACUGUAACGGUGUUGGUAACAGUGGUGGCGGUGGUAGUGGUGAUAUAAGUCACCGGAAACUGGAGUGAUGCAGUCGGUAAAGCUAACACACUCACUCUACAGUUUCACCAGUCAGUACUAUUGUGUCACUCACAGUGUCAACGACCAGUACUAGUGUAUCACAACAUACAGUGCCAUCCGUCAGUACUAGCGUGUCACUCACAGUGCCACCAGUCAGUACUGCAUGUCACUCACAGUGUCACUAGUCAGUACUAGUGUCACGUCUCUAGAGUUGUGACCUAUCCCUAUCCCUUGUGGUGAUGAUCUAUGCUACGUGCAUUUAAUUCGUGGAUAAGUUAUAUGAGACAGUGUGAGAGAAAUGAGAGAUAAAUAAGCAACAUGCUCUGUGAUACGACAUGCCGGAUGCGAAUUCCACCAGUGUUGAUAUCGUAUAUGGUAAAAAAAAACUUUCCCUAUAGAUAAGAAAUUGUAAGAGCUCUUCUGUUUUUCCCUUUCCUCUUGUACCGUCCUGCGAAAGAGUUAAAUUGCGUGUAAGUGAUCCAGGACGGGUUAAUCUUUCGUCUGCAGUAAGAAUAUCAGUUUUCUCGUAAGUUGUCCUUGACGAUGAAGAACGCUUGGCUCCUUGUUGGAGGAAUGCCUUCAGGAAGCUUUCUAACUCUUUGGUUAUUCACCUUCUGGCUUGGCUUCCUCCCAGUGGAGGCUUCUGAACACCCACAUCCCGACCUCUCUGUCUUGCCUCUUCAAGAAGUUCUGGAGGUCUCUGGGGUUGAGAACGUGACUGGAGGUGUUACUGGGCGCCUCUCGACUUCCUCUCCUAAAGAACGUCCAGCCGAUAUUCCUCAGCAGCUGGUGAAUGUUACGGGAGAACCGGGAAAGUUGAAUGCAGUAACGAGUGCUGCCGAAGGGAAUGAUGCUGGGUUCUCACUGGUCUCGCGUUCCCCAGACCACUAUCCCUUGGUAUCUGCUGAAGAAGCUACCGAGGAUGUAAGAGUCUUGGGCAACGAAGAUGGUGUGGACUCCUCCCUCCAACACCACGUCAGUGAACUAGAAAGAAUAACGAACCACAAUAACCUUGCGAGAAUAAAUGACACAGUGAACGAAACCGGAACUUUGCCAACGAAGAAGGUGAACGAAAAACCACAAGACAGAAGAGAAGAACCUAAGAACAGCGUAAACAGAGAAAAACAGUCUUCAAGAAACGAAAUGAAAGCCAGUAGGAUGAAAACCAAUGAUAGCGGAACAGAAGACGACGACGAGAAGGGAGAGAGAUCAGAAAAAACAGCUGAAGAUGCCGAUAAACAAGAGACACAGAAGUCAGGAUGGUUCUCAGACACGGAGGUACUAGACGUGGCUGUUGUUCCUGUCAUUACCCAUCUCUCUACCCACGCCCACACCCACACCCCACGCCCACGCUAACACCUCGCCGAACUCGAGGUAAAUCAUCAACUCCAUCAACUAAUCAAUCACUACUAAGUACUACCUAUAAAUUCUAAAUUAUAAUACAAUUGUAAUAAGUGUUACUAAUACAAUAUUAAUGGACUGAACACGCCGACUCCAGGCUGAGGGACUGAUUACCU